AUAAUAGCAAGGCGCAGGGACUAAACGGGCAAGUAGAAGAUUAGAAGAGAGUAGGGUUUCGCUACUAUAAAGCCUCGUCUCCCAAAUCGGCUUCAAGUCCUUCCCUCACAGAACUCGCAGCCUCCAGGACCAAACGCAACCCCAAACCCACCAAAAUGCCGAAGCAAAUCCAUGAGAUCAAGGAUUUCCUCCUGACUGCAAGAAGGAAGGAUGCCCGUUCUGUGAAAAUCAAGAAGACGAAGGACGCAGUCAAGUUCAAGGUUCGAUGCUCCAAGUACCUUUACACACUUUGUGUGUUUGAUACUGAGAAGGCUGAUAAGUUGAAGCAAUCCCUUCCUCCAGGUUUGAGCGUUCAGGAUCUGUGAAGAAGACUUGGAGUAGUGAUUUAAUGAAUGCCAUGUAACCUUUUGUUUUUGUUUUUGAGUUUGAACAAUUCAUGGCUUGAUAUUAGCAUUGUUGGUGUUAGAUUUUAUUCCCUGAUAUGGGUCUUAUUAGACUUGCUUUAUUAUUUAGCGGAUAUAUAAUAUUCAAUGCUGUUUGGAUUUGUUGGGAAAGGUUAAUGGAUCUGUUGAAACUA